UCACUCAUCUCUCGAAGUAGUUUUUGACUAUCCGAUUGUCUGUAGUUCGACGAUAUCUCGGAACUCUCUGGAUCAUCAAAACCACGCAACGCUAGAGAAAAAUUAUCAAUAACUCUUUCUUUAUAUUUAAUUAUUGUAAGGUUUUGACCUUAUGGUAUAGUUGGUAAUGGGAGGAAACAGAUUUGCAUACUUCUCACUACCGGUAUCAAAAAUUGUGCUUGGGACAUGUUCUCUGCCGAUGUUUGCAACAAUUUUCUGUGUUGUGUGGUCGGUGGCAUUUGACUUUGAGAGAUCAACAGCGACACAUUGUAAGGUAUACAACUUUUUACCUUCAAUUAGUUCUGCCAUUGGAGGUUUCGCACCCCAGCGUUACGUCUGGAGAAUAUGUGUUUCGAUCCACUGUACACAGCGGUUCAUGGUUGGCGUAGCCUACUACAAUUUUCAUACAUCUGUAUAUCCUGGAGCAACCAACAAGAAAUACAAGGCACUUGCUGCCCUGAACAGUCUGUUGCAUCUGGUAGAAAUAUUUAGUCUAGUUUGUCUCAGUAUGAUUUCAUCUACAGAAAAUGGAGGUGUCCAUGAGGGUUUCUUCAUUUCCUUUAUAAUCUCUGGUUUGCUCUACAUGCUGGUGACCAUCGUCCUUUUGCACUGGGGCAGAUUUAGCAAUGGAAAAAUUCCCACUACACAGGAAAGGAUGUCACUGAGUUACAAGACCAGGCUGUUCCUAUUUAAAAUAUUUGUCUUUGCUGUUGCUGCCUACCUCUUCUAUCGCCACAAUGCUUAUUGUGAACCAUAUGUGUAUUCUUGGUUUGCCGCUCUUGAGUAUGUGGUUGUCUUCACAAAUAUUUUUUUCCAUGCUACUCUCUACUGGGACUUAGAAGACUUCAAUCUUGCUUUGGUUCAUAAAGAUCUGAUUUCCUCACAUCACAGCUGAGAACCUAGACGUACUUUCACUUACAAGAAAAGUAGACAAGUUCAAGGGAAAACAUCUACAAACAUUUUCUCAAUUUGAGAAGUAGCUAUGAUUUGUGAAAUAAAACACAUAAAGCAUUUACUGAAUGUUUUUUUUUACAAGAACUUAGGUUAAUGCUCCUCUGUAACCACAUUACUUGAAUUUGGUUAUUUAUUUAGUGUUUGUUUAGUAAGAACUGAUGAUCCUUGUAGUAAAUUGUCUUUGGUUGAAUAGGCAUUACAGCAACAAGAUCACAGAUGGUAUAAUCAAUAUCCAAUGAAAGACAUCACUAUGGGAAAAGCAGUCCAUGAUUUAUAUCUCUGACAGCAGUGAAACAAAGAACUGACAAGACAUACAAACAGGAAUCAUCAGCUAGUUAGGCUUUUUUAUUGAUUAUUGAUUUCAGUACUUUUUUUCAAACCUAUGUUAAUCGGUAUAGCCUUUUGUUGUUUUAUUGCUUUUGCUUUUCACAGAGCCUGCAUUAACACUUACAACUGCGACCCCUGUUGGAAUGAGACAGUCGUUAUUUGCGCAAACCAUUUCAGUGUAUGUGUAGCCAUGUAGUCUGCAGUAUUUAAUUCUGUUUCCUAUAUAAUUUGUUGUAUAUUCUUUACAAUGCAGUUUUACUCAUAGAGUGCCAGUAGAUGCAAUUUUAGACCAUUUUCUCAAGUAAACUGUAAAGAAUUCAAUAUCAUAUUUUGAAAACCAGCUGGCCAGCAGGAGCUUAUUACACACUAAAUCUCAUUUUAUUGAUAAUAAUAAUAAAGUGAAUUUACAUACACAUAAUAGUGGUCUCAAAACAGAGUUCACUGUGUUUUCAUGAUGAGAAGGUGAAAGCAUAGAUGUAGUCACCACAGUUCAGUACUACCAAAAUAUCCAUCUCUAGCUAUCUUUUCUUUGACUGUCUUUUGACUUGCAGCUGUGAUUUGUAGUUGUAGUUUUUCAUAGUAGUGAUUAAGGCUUUGAACUUAAAAAUCACCAAAUCAAACAAAUCACGCCUGCAAGGGUAUUAUGAUCCCUAUGUGUGUUUAUAUGUUUGUAGAUCUGAGGUGGGCAAUUUAUUAAUACUGUUAUUAUAGUCGGGGUGGAUCCCUAGGAUAGAUGGGACCGCAUACCAGCCUCACCUUUCCUAAGUUGGAAGAAGUUGAAUGCUUAUUCACAGGAAACACUGCAGCCGAUCAGUUUAGGGACAACAAGACUGACACUACUGGGGAUUAAGAUUUGACGACCUAUAGUUUGGUACUUGUGUGAAUAUUUCCCUUUUUAAUUAAUUAUCAUGUUUUCAGUUCAAUGGGUUUAUUACAUUUUAUUUGUCCAA